AUGAAAAAGACCACUGUACUCGCCGUUGCGAGUGGGCUGCCGAUCAUGAUCUCGGCGAGCACGCUUGCUCAGGAUAACGCACCAAACUCUGGGAUGUUCCGAUUCCCAGAUGUGUCCAAAUCAGAAAUCGUUUUCGUCUAUGCAAACGACAUUUGGGUCGUCGAUAAGAAAGGCGGCGUUGCACGCCCGCUCGCGAGCCCUCCAGGGCAGGAAACAUUUCCAAAGUUCAAUGCAGAUGGGACCGAAGUUGCGUUCAUCGGAAACUACGACGGCGACCGAGACCUCUACACCGUCUCAGUAAACGGGAGUGUCCCCCACCGCGUUACGCACCAUCCAGGGAACGAGCGCCUAAACGACUGGACGAAUACGGGCGACUUGCUCUUCUCGUACAACGCGAUGGCCGGGAAUCCAGCACAGCAGAACUUGUUCACUGUGAGUCCAGAGGGUGGGAUGCCGGAGAAGCUUCCAGUGCCGUAUGGUGCUGUCGGUGCAAUCGAUGAUUCUGGUGAAUGGCUCGCGUACAACACUGAUUCUCGCGACUUCCGCACAUGGAAACGCUACACCGGUGGUCUGGCGACAGAUAUCUGGCUCUUCAAUCUGAAGACCUUUGAAUCCAAGAAGAUCACUGAUUGGAUCGGGACCGACACCACGCCAAUGUGGAAUGGAGACAAGGUGUACUUCGUCUCAGACAAUGGUGACGAAGGACGACUCAAUAUCUGGAGCUACGACACCAAGCGUGAGCGUCUGGAGCAAGUCACUGAGUUUGAAGACAACGAUGUCAGCUUCGCAUCCAUGGGACCUGGGUCCUCUGGUAAAGGUGAGAUCGUGUUUCAGCUUGGAUCUGAGAUCCAACUCCUUGAUCUUCGUAACGGCAAGUCCAAAGCCGUUGAUAUUCAGAUCCCUGGCGCUCGAGAAACACUCCGUCCAAAGCGCGUCAAUGCGUUCGCACAACUUGCCGGGGGGAAUAUUUCAUCGACAGGUAAGCGUGCCGUAGUAGAAGCACGAGGCGACAUCUUCACUGUGCCAGAAGAAAACGGUCCUGUCCGUCAGAUCACAGAUACCUCAGGAUCCGCGGAGCGCACGCCCGCUUGGAGUCCGGAUGGACGCUGGAUUUCUUACUUCUCUGAUGAGAAUGGUGAGUACGAGUUGUACAUCACUCAAUCCGAUGGAAAAGGAGAAACCAAGCAGCUCACCAAAGGCAACAAGACCUACUGGAUGAAUGCUGUAUGGUCACCAGAUUCAGAAACCAUCCUUGUCGUUGAUAAGACCGGCACAAUGUCACUUGUCGAUGUCGAUUCCGGCGAGAUGACCAAGGUAGACAAAGACCCAUGGGCAAACCAGCCAAACCCCUCUUGGUCGCAUGACUCGAAGUGGAUCGCGUACGAAAAGGGAUCCGAUGAUUCGUUGAUGACCUCGAUUUGGAUCUACAACACCGAAACCGGAGAGAAGCAUCAGGUCACAUCAGGAUUCUUCGCUGAUUCGAACCCAUGCUUCUCAUCCAAAGGUGAUUAUCUGUACUACACCUCGAACCGAAACUUCUCAGCACCGCAGUACGAGGAUAUCGGUUCGACAUUCAUUUACGCAGAAACCGGCAGGAUCAUCGCCGUCCCCCUGAAUGAUGAAGUUGAAAACAAACAACUCCAUGAAUCCGAUGAGGAGACUUGGGAAGAAGAUGAAGCAGAUUCAGAAGAGACUGCUGAAGAAGCAGAAUCCGACGAAGAUAAUGCCGAAGGUAGCGACGCUGAAGAAGAAACCCCAGCAUAUCUCGAAGGAUACAACACUGAACAUCCACUGUGGGGUAAAUGGGAAGGCACCGUCAAGGGACUCUCCGCUGUUGGAUCACCGAUCGAUGAGAUUGGCUUUACCCUGACCAUCGUCGUCGAUGACGAGGGUAACAUCAUGGGGCAAUCUGAGGCACAAGGCGAGACCGAUGACCUCGGUGAUCUUGUGACCUUCGACGAAGACUCCAUGGAGUUCUACUCCGAGUCUGCAGAGAUGGGCAUGACCAUGAUCCAGCGUGGUACUGUCAACGGCGAUGAAAUCACAGGUACCUGGGAACUCAAAGAACUGGGAUUCUCUGGUACUUGGGUCGCGAGCCGUACAAGCAGCGAGAUUUCUGAGGAAGAACUCUCUGAGAUCGCGGACUCGGAUUCCGAAGCCGCUGAAUCGGUCGAGAUUGAUUUCGAGGAUUUCGAGCGUCGUGGAUUUGAGUUGAGUGUUCCAUCAGGAAACUUCGCGGCACUCGGUUCCAAUGACAAGGGUAACCUGCUCUACAUCCGCACAUCGGGUGAUGCACCAUCCCUCAAACUCUAUGACAUCAACGCCGACGAGCCAUCUGAGAAAACUGUGCUCCCGGUCUGUUUCGGUUACGCAAUCUCAGGUGACGGUAAAAAAAUUAUCGCCGGAAGUCCAUCAGGAUGGGGUUUCGCAGAUGCGUCAGCGGGACAAUCUGUCAAGCCAAUCGCGGCUCGAUUGAUGAAGACUGUUGAUCUCAAAGAAGAAUGGCGUCAACUCGUCAUCGACGCAUGGCGCCGUCAUCGUGACUUCUUCUAUGUCGAGAACAUGCACGGCGUCGAUUGGGAUGCUGUGCUCGAUCACUACCUCCCAUUGGUCGAUGAUGCGGUCUCUCGUGAAGAUGUCAGUUACAUCAUCGGUCAGAUGAUUGGCGAGCUCAAUGUCGGUCACGCGUACUACUACGGUGGUGACACCGACGGUCAGCCAUACACCAAUGUUGGUAUGCUCGGCGCUGAUUACUCCGUCGCAGAUGUUUCGAUCGCGGAUGAAAAAUACACUGGAUUCCGAAUUGAUACGAUUUACGAAGGAGCCGCAUGGGAUUCGGACGCACGCAAUCCCCUCAAUGCUCACGGACUUGAUGUGAACGAAGGCGACAUUAUCACACAUGUGAAUGGAGUCGCGGUCGAUACAUCAAUGGAUCCUUGGGCAUCGUUCAUCGGUCUCGCAGGACUCGAAACAAAUCUCACUCUCGUCUCAGCUGAUACAGACGAAGAUGGGAACGAAGUUUCUAACGAACGUACUGUCACAGUCGUACCAAUGGGAUCAGAAACCAAUCUCCGUUAUCGCGAUUGGAUCGAAGACAACCGUCGGUAUGUAGAAGAAGCGUCCGAUGGUAAGAUCGGGUACAUCUAUGUCCCGAAUACUGGUGUGCAAGGUCAGAACGAGCUCUUCCGACAGUUCUACGGCCAAGCCGGGAAGGAAGCGCUCCUGAUCGACGAGCGCUGGAAUGGUGGUGGUCAGAUCCCAACCCGCUUCAUCGAGCUGCUGAAUCGUCCUCGCACCAACUACUGGGCGCGUCGUGACGGCAAGGAUUGGCCAUGGCCGUACGAUUCACAUCAAGGACCAAAGGCGAUGUUGAUCAAUGGAAACGCCGGUUCAGGUGGUGACAUGUUCCCAUGGCUCUUCAAGCACAACAACCUUGGCAAGCUGAUCGGUACCAGAACCUGGGGCGGACUCGUCGGGAUCUCAGGAGUCCCUGGAUUGAUCGAUGGCGGAUACACCGCGGUACCGAACUUCGGAUUCUAUGAAACCGAUGGGACCUGGGGUAUUGAAGGACACGGUGUUGAUCCUGAUAUCGAAGUGGUCGCUGAUCCCUCGAAGAUGCAGGACGGCCGUGACCCUCAGCUUGAUGUCGCGAUCGAACACCUACUCGAUGAGAUUCAGAUCACAGGUUACAACCCGCCGAAGAAACCAGCAGACCCAGUCCGUACAGGCGUGGGAAUCACUGAGGAAGAUAAGUAA